AAACCAGCUCUUCACUGCUCCAUCAGUCUUCUCUCUCUCUCUCUCUCUCUCUCUCUCUCUCCGCCAUGAACGGCAACUCCGCCGGCGUCUCCGGCAAGGAGAAGCUGGUCGUGGAGGUCGUGGCGGCGCACAACCUCAUGCCCAAGGACGGGGAGGGCUCCUCGUCGCCCUUCGUCGAGGUCGAGUUCGACAACCAGCGGCAGCGGACCCAGGUCAAGCACAAGGACCUCAACCCCGUCUGGAACGAGCGCCUCGUCUUCCUCCUGGCCGAUCCCGCCGAUCUCCCCUACCGGACCGUCGAGAUCAACGUCUUCAACGAGCGGAGGUCCGGCAACAGCCGCAACUUCCUCGGCAAGGUCCGGAUCUCCGGCUCGGGCGUCGCCAGGGAAGGCGAGGAGGUGGUCCAGCUCUUCACGCUCGACAAGAGGAGCCUCUUCAGCCACAUCCGUGGCGAGAUAAGCCUGAAGCUCUACUUGUCGACGCGGGAGGAGGUGAAGAGCCUGGCGGUCAACGGCGGCGGCGGGUUGUCUUCUUCGUCUCUGGUCCAGAGGAAGAGCAAGAAGCUGCACCACCAGCCGAACGCGGCCUUGCUGGCCGUACAGCAGCAGCAGAAGCUGAUGCUAGAACAGAGCAAGCCGGCACAGCAAGUGCCAAGCAAGCAGGCUCAGCGGGCGGAGCCGAGCCCCGGAGAGAUGAAGCCGGUCGUGAUAGCCGCGGCCCCGCAGCCCGUCACGGCGACGGGUGGCGGCGGCGGCGGAGGCGGAGUCCUGGGGGGAUUUUUGGGCGGUGGGUCGAGCGAGUUCUUGCUCAAAGAGACGAAGCCAAGCCUAGGCGGUGGACCCACGAGCAAGGACAAGACGAGCUCGACCUACGACCUCGUCGAGCAAAUGCAGUAUCUUUACGUGAAGGUGGUGAAGGCUAAGGAGGUCUCGACGCCGUUCGGGGGUGGCGGCGAGCUGGUGGCGGAGGUCAAGCUCGGGAAUUACAGGGGCAUCACGAAGAGGGUCGGUUCGGGUUCUGGCUCGAACGGUGUGGAAUGGGACCAAGUCUUCGCCUUUUCAAAGGAUUGCAUACAGUCCUCGGUCGUGGAGGUGUUCGUGAAAGAGAGGAAUAAAGAUGAGUUCUUGGGUCGUGUCUGGUUCGAUCUUAAUGAAGUCCCUAAGAGAGUGCCUCCGGAUAGCUCGCUGGCGCCGCAGUGGUACCGGAUGGAGGACCGGAAGGGCGAGAAGGCGAAGUCCGGGGAGGUGAUGAUCUCCAUCUGGUUCGGGACGCAGGCUGACGAGGCCUUCGCCGAGGCAUGGCACUCCAAGUCGGCGAACGUCAACUUUGACGGCCUGUGCUCGAUCAAGUCCAAGGUUUAUCUGUCGCCGAAGCUGUGGUACCUGCGCCUGAGCGUCAUCGAGGCUCAGGACAUCGUUCCAUCGGAGCGUGGCCCGGCCAUGGCCCGGUUCCCUGAGCUCUCCGUAAAAGCCCAGGUGGGCAACCAGGUCUUGAGGACGAGGGCUUCGCAGGCUGCACCGAACCGGAGCCUCUCGAGCCCGUUUUGGAAUGAGGACAUGGUGUUUGUCGUCGCGGAACCAUUCGAGGAUUAUUUGAUCGUCUCUGUUGAGGACCGGGUUGGGCCUGGCCGUGAUGAAGUCGUCGGGCGGGUGCUUCUCCCGGCGACCUCAAUCGAGAGGAGGACCGAUGAUAAGCCAGUGGUUUCUAGGUGGUUCAAUCUCGACAGCUAUGUCGGUAGCACUGCCAAUUCGAAGAUCGUGACCAGGUUCGGUUCUAGGAUCCAUCUCCGCAUCUCUCUCGACGGAGGUUACCAUGUGCUGGAUGAAGCGACAAUGUAUUGCAGUGACCUUAGGCCGACUGCAAAACAGCUCUGGAAGCCUCACAUUGGCGUGCUCGAAAUGGGAAUCCUCGGAGCCACGGGCCUCAUGCCUAUGAAAAUCAAGGAAGGGAAGGGUGGAUCGACCGAUGCGUACUGCGUCGCUAAGUACGGUCAGAAGUGGGUUCGGACUCGGACCGUGGUUGAUAGCUUGGCACCCAAGUGGAAUGAGCAAUACACAUGGGAGGUGUUCGAUCCGUGCACCGUGAUCACAGUCGGGGUGUUCGAUAAUUCCCGGGUCGACAAGAACAUAGCGAGCAAUGCUGGCCCCCGGGAUGCACGGAUUGGGAAAGUAAGGAUUCGUCUAUCGACUCUUGAGUCUGACCGGGUCUACACGCACUCGUAUCCGCUCUUGAUGCUUCACACUUCAGGGGUCAAGAAAAUGGGCGAGCUUCACUUGGCCGUGCGGUUCUCUUGCGCUAACAUGGCCAACAUGCUGCAUAUGUACGCAAUCCCACUGCUCCCGAAGAUGCAUUACGUCCAUCCGUUGUCUGUAAACCAAUUGGACAGCCUGAGAUACCAGGCCAUGAACGUGGUGGCGUCCCGGCUGAGCCGGGCCGAGCCUCCCUUGGGAAGGGACGUGGUCGAGUAUAUGCUCGACCACGACUCUCACAUGUGGAGCAUGAGGAGGAGCAAGGCCAACUUCUUCAGGCUGAUGAGCGUUCUCUCCGGUGCUGUGGCCAUCAACCGUUGGGUCGAGGUGAUCCGCAAUUGGCACAAGCCGGUGUACUCAGCAUUGUUCGUGGUGGUCUUCCUGUGGCUCGUUUGCUGCCCUGAGUUCAUUAUCCCCAUCAUGCUUCUAUUCAUGGCCUUAACUGGUCUAUGGCGGUACCGGUCCCGGUCUCGCCACCCCCCGCACAUGGACACACGCCUUUCUCAUGCAGAGAGCGUUUUCCCUGACGAACUCGAUGAGGAGUUCGACUCAUUCCCGACGAGCCGCAGCGCGGAGGUAGUGAGGAUGAGGUACGACAGGCUCAGGAGUGUGGCUGGGAGGAUCCAGACUGUGGUCGGUGACAUGGCCACUCAGGGCGAGCGGUUCCAGGCCCUCCUGAGCUGGCGCGACCCGAGGGCAACAUUCUUGUUCAUAAUCUCCUGCCUAUUUGCUUCAGUCGGGUUCUAUGCGGUGCCUUUCAGGGUGGUGGUGGUUCUGUGGGGUUUGUAUGCGCUGAGGCCACCGAGGUUUCGAAGCAAGCUGCCCAGCCGAGCGCUGAGCUUCUUCAGGAGAUUGCCUACGAAGGCUGACGGCUUGUUGUAGGAAGCAUAAUCUAAUGGAACUAUUAAGUAAUUUGGGGAUGAAGUUGAGUACAAUAUGGGUGGUUCUUUUUGUGAUUUUUAUUGAUGUGUCAGUGUCAUGUCUAGAUGUUAAAAAUGUAGGGUGUUUGUGUGAUUGGUGGGGGAUUUAAUGUGGUUUUCGGGGGAGCAUUUUGUAUGUAAUCUGGGUAUGAACUCUAAGAUUUUUGCCUCCUGUGGAAUUUAAGCAGUGUCCUUUGAAUGAUGCAUUGGUGUGAUUGUUCUUC